CUAUCCCGGCUCCCAUCGAUGGUUCACCGCAGCCCGGAGGAGGGACAAACCUUCCACCGCUGCCCGGAAAUUAGCGCCCAGGACCCGCACACACUCUGACAGCACAGCCGGCGGGCAGCCAUGCUGAAGCCGGGCGACGGAAGCGGCUCGGCCUUCUUGAAGGUGGACCCGUCCUACCUGCAGCACUGGCAGCAGCUCUUCCCUCAGUCGCAGCUGAAGGCUCCUCUGGCCCCGCCGCCGCCUCUGCCUGACCGCCUCUCCAUCCCCAUGGACAGCCUGCGCCCAUCCCGCCUGCACAGCCACCUCCUGGCCUCCACGCACUGCACCUCCUCGUCUUCAUCUACAUCCUCCUCCGCUUCUUCUUCUUCUUCCGCAGCAGCAGCAGCAGCUCUCACCCCAUCCUCCUCCAUCUCCAUCUCCACCUCGGCAGGGAUCUCCCAGCUGCCCGUCCCUCAGCAGAUCGCACUCUUUGGGCAGGCGUUGGCCCCGGUGUGUGCCGGGCCUGGAGGACCAGGGGGAGGAGGAGGAGGAGGAGGAGGAGGAGGAGAUCUGAUGGUGGUCGUGCCCCCGGAGAACCAGCAUGGUCACAACCCAGCAGCGGGGCUUCUCCAUCAGGCCAAAGAGCAGAGCUGUGGGGGGGUCGGCGUGGUGUCAUCCAGCGUGAAGAGCAGCGGAGGAGGAGGAGGAGGAGAGGAGGGCGGCAAAGGAGCGUCGGCCAGGUUCAAGCUGACGUCGGAGGAGCUGGACUACUACCUGUACGGACAGCAGAGGAUGGAGAUCAUCCCACUGAGCAACCACACGGGAGAGGUCAACAACCGUUGUGACAUGUGUGCCGAUAACAGGAACGGCGAGUGUCCGAUGCACGGCCCUCUUCACUCUCUGCGUCGACUCGUCGGCACCAGCAGCACGGCUGCUCCUGUCACCCUGCCGGACGUCCCUGAUUGGCUCAGAGAUCUGCCCAGAGAGGUGUGUCUGUGCACCAGUACAGUUCCUGGUCUGGGUUACGGGAUCUGUGCGUCUCAGAGGAUCCCUCAGGGAACCUGGAUCGGCCCGUUUCAGGGAGUCCCUAUGCUGCUGGACAAACUGCAUUCUGGAGCGGUCAGAAACAGCAGACACCUGUGGGAGAUCUACGAUGCAGAGGGGACGUUACAGCACUUUAUUGAUGGCAAUGAUCCCAGUAAAUCCAGUUGGAUGAGGUAUAUCCGCUGUGCCAGACACUGUGGGGAGCAGAACAUGAUGGUUGUACAGUACAGGUCCUGUAUCUUCUACAGAGCUUGUAUGGAUAUCCCCCGAGGAACAGAGCUGCUGGUUUGGUACAAUGACUCCUACACUUCCUUCUUCGGCAUCCCACUGCAGUGCAUCGCUCAGGACGAAAACCUAAACGUCCCAACCACGGUGAUGGAAGCAAUGACUAGGCAGGAAUCACUCCAAUCCUUCAGCAAAAACGGCAAACCCUCGUCUUCCUCAUCUUCCUCCACUCCCUCCACCACCCUCAUGCGCUCCAUGGUCUUCCCCCAUUCUCCCUGCCCUAGGAAUUUCUCCCUGUUGGACAAGGUUGGGGUUGGGAUUCAGUCGGACUCCAGUUUCAGCCAGUUGGGUUCAAAGAACCAGCGAGUCCUGGCGAGCCCGACCUCCACCAGCCAGCUAAGCAGUGACUUCAGCGACUGGCACCUGUGGAAGUGUGGCCAGUGCUUCAAAACCUUCACCCAGAGGAUCCUGCUGCAGAUGCACGUCUGUCCACAGAAUCCAGACAGACCAUACCAGUGUGGCCACUGCUCCCAGUCCUUCUCCCAGCCAUCAGAUUUGAGGAACCACGUGGUGACGCACUCGAGCGACCGACCUUUCAAAUGUGGAUACUGCGGCCGUGCGUUCGCUGGUGCCACAACGCUCAACAACCACAUCCGCACGCACACCGGGGAGAAGCCGUUCAAGUGCGAGCGUUGUGACCGCAGCUUCACACAAGCCACUCAGCUCAGCCGCCACCAGCGACUUCCCAACGAGUGUAAACCCGUGAAUGAGAGCAGCGAGUCCAUUGAGGUGGAUUAACCCCCCCCCGCCCCCUCCGACUGUUUCCUGACUGAGACCACAUCCACAUUAAGUCAGCUAAAUAUGGAAACGCUUCUUUUUCUUUUCGUUUUGGCUCUCCGUCACACACAAAGCCAGGGCUUUUCUCACCCGUAAAUUACAACUCAGACCUCCAUUUUGCCGUCACUGUCCGAUGAAGAGGUCAACAGGAAGACACUGUCUUCACCAGGAUGACUGAUAUCAGAAAUUAAACCAACAUAAAUAGUUUUACAGUGGGCUCCAAGGCGAGUAUACAGGAAUAAAAACUGCAUUGUUUUUACGCAUUGAUUCAUUGAUUUCAUUUCCCGGCCCAAUAUAACAUGCCUAUAGUGAAACUAGAAAGCUCACAGUAAAACUGGAGCCCUUGAUCAAUACCUAUAGUUAAUGAGUUCACAACACAUAGACAGUGGGUGGUUAGUGUGAUUUAAACAGCUGAAUGUGGAGAUUAACUUCACUGAGCAGUAACCAGUGGUGGAAUGUACCUAAGUAUAUUUUCUCAAGUACUGUACUUCAGAACAAAUUCAAGGUACUUGUACUUUACUUGAGUAUUUCCAUUUU